GUUGCUAGUGGCAACUUGACAGCAGCGCAACGCCGCUGUCACGUCUUUCGUUUUCGUUUCUGCUCCUGAAACCUGGGUUAUGUUAACGUUGUAGUUGUUGGAAAGGAACAUGGCUGGCUUGGAGGUGUUGUACACUCACGUCGCGGGCAGCAUCAGCUGUCCACAGGACGCCGUGCUGUGCUUCGUCCACUGGGAGAUGAUAACCAGCGGAUACAGGUGCCUCGGCUCCGGAGACGAGCCUCGCAGCACUGAUAAGAAGUCAGAGUUGCUGCCUGCUGACUGGAACAGCAACAAGGAGCUGUACACUCUGCGUUACCAAGGCAAAGACAGCAAUGCCCAACUCCUGCUCAAAGCCAUCGCUGUGGACUCCACUUUAAUCUUCAAUGUCAUGACCUCCAGCACACAGCAGGUAUCAGACCUGACGGUCAACAUCAGUGAUCACGUGGAUGCUGACCAGCUGCACACAUUUGACAGUGUCUUCAAAGACGUGGCUAGCUUGUCAGAGAAGGUGAAGACGCAGCUGCUGCCCUCCCAGGGCAGACCGGUGGGACGGAAGGCAGAGAAGAAGAGUCAGAGAGACAAGGAAGAAGAGGAGAGACAGAGAGGAGAGGACAGCGACCCUCUGCGCAUUCCCCCUCGACAUCCUCGCCACAACACACCGCCACACUGGCCCCCUGGCCCCAUGGUUCCUCCAUUUGCAGCUGGAGGAGCAGAUCUGGAUCCCUUUGGGUCUCGCGGUGGUGGUGGGAUGAUAGUUGACCCGUUGAGGUCGGGGUAUCCCCGCUCUGGUUUUGACCCAUCAAGCGGCAUUCCAGACAUCCUGCCCCCCGGGGCUGUUCCUCCUGGGGCCCGCUUUGACCCGUUUGGACCCGUGGGACGACACCGACCAGGGCCGGACCCAGACCACAUGCCACCGCCUGGCUACGACGACAUGUUCAUGUAGGGCUUCUGGGUUUCUACUGAUUCAUCCAACAGCUCCCUGUCUCUCAGCCAACAGGGCAGGGUUUGGUGCCCCAAAUAAAGCUCUUCUUUUUGUCUUCUAUUUUUUGAGGAGGGUCAUUUUUAUACAUUCGAAACAAACGAUCUCUCUGCACUUAAAGUAGAAAAACAGAGUGCAUUCCAUCAUUGAGGUAUUCUUUACUUUUGUCAGUGCAGAGGCUAAAGCAUUACUACACACAACAGAAACAGUCAUUUGUGAUGUUCCUGGCCUUUCACUGUGAUCAGGCUCUGCUUUUUUUUUUUUUUUUUUUUUUUUUUGUACAUUAGUACGCCUGGACAGUGGAGUAGAAAGCCAAAUCAUGUUCAGUUCGUAUAACUAAUGUAUAACUAUAUAACACAUGUAUAAGUAACACACUCUUGAUGCAAAAUUAAUGUUAAAAUGCAUUGCAAAUCAGUUUCAGCCAGAGUGAAGUGAUGUGCUCUGAUGGAAAAAAAAAAAAAAAACAACUAAAAUGCAGUUGAUGUAAUACUGACAUCAGAAAAAAUCUUGACUGAUGUUUUUUGUUCUCUUGGACUAUAACUAAAAUAAUGGAUGUGGAAGUGCAUUUUAUUAAACUCAGAGCAAUAGAGGCACUUAUACACUGGAAUAUAUUCAAACAUCUUUCUGUCUGUUCUGCUUUGUCCUCAUAAAGUCGUAGUCUGACUGGCAUACAUGCAUCUGGAAUUCUUGCUUGAGUUUUUGGACUUGAGACAGCCUGUGCUAUGCUUUGAGGCUGGGUGGACUUGGAUGUAGACAGGCUGUCCUGUAGUUGAAAGGUCACAAGUUCGAUCCCCAUGUGUGUAUCCUGUUAAAGUGUCCUUGAGCAAGACACCGGUGUCCUUGUGCUGUCAUUCCAAGUCACUCUAGAUAAGAAAUGUAAAAAUGAAGUAGCCAGAUAGCAUCUCCUUUGUCAAGUCUCUCCUCCCCAAAGGCAAAGCCCUCUUUGUCUUUCUAACCUAAAAAAAAGAAAGACUAACAAUCUGUUUAGAUUCUCAUCACCCCUUUGCACUGUGUCAUGUAGUUAAUAAUUUAUUGAUAAAAAUUUUACAUGACUUUGCUCUUUUUUUGAAUUGCCACUUCUAUUGUGGUUAUACUGAGUGAAAGGGUUUAAGAGCUGAUUGUUCUUUACAUUUGGUGAUGUUUGGCUUGCUGUUAACUUAAAGACCUGCUUGGUCUUGCCAAAAAUGCUUCAAUAAAAAUCUGAGACUUUA